GUUUACCUUCGUCUUGUCAAAAGGGAAGGAGGCCGCGACGCUGACAUAGAGGGGUGAAAGACAACACUUUUCGUUAGGUUAUGAAAGAUUUAUGCUGAUGAGAUAGCAAGAAACAUGGCCAUGGAUAUGGAUGCCAUUUUUAAAGUGAUAGGGGAAUUUGGUCCCUAUCAACGACGCGUGUACUUCCUACUGUGUCUUCCAUUCAUUUUUGUUGCAACUUCAAACCUGGCAUAUGUGUUUAUUGGAGCCACUCCAGAACAUUAUAGAUGCAUUGUGCCAGCAUGUGAUACAAAUCUUACAGAUCUCCAGUAUAAUAGAACAUUCUUAGAAUUCACCAUUCCCUACAACAAAACAUCAGGCUUUUCCAAGUGUCAACGUUACAAACACAUUGAUGAAGAAGAAGGUUGCAUUCCUUCAGCUUUCAUGGAGAACACAACAGAGGACUGCCCAGAGGGGAAAGUGUUUGAUACUACUGUAUAUGCUACCACAAUUGUAACAGAAUUUAACCUUACCUGUCAUGAUGCUUGGGAAGCAAAUAUGGCACAGACAAUAUACUUCAGUGGAGUUCUGAUUGGAGCAUUCGUCUUUGGUUUCAUUGCUGAUAGAAUUGGACGCAUGCUGACAAUCUUAAUUGGGCUCGUUUGCAUGGUGGUCUCCGGUGUAAUCACAGCCUUGGUCACCAGCUUAAGAGUGUUUAAUGUUAUGCGAUUCUUAAAUGCAAUGAUGGCAACUGCAGUCUUUCAGACAUCAUUUGUGCUAG